AUGGAGGCCCUGUCAACGAAACCAAAAACCAAGAACGUCAUCACAACCAUCGUCCGAUCACGACGGUUCCGAGUCCUGACCCUCGUCGCCUUAGCAUUCUACUGUGUCUUUUACAUCGCUACAAUCUACCGCUCAGGAGCUGAUAGCACCGGAUUAUUAACAGGAGGGGGGAAAUCGUUAACGCAACAGGGACAUUCGGGACACGCCGUUGUCGACGGAGAGGGGGAGCCUAUGAUGGUGGAUGAUGACCAAGAUGUGCCGGAGACGCCGAUUGUGACUCUUGAGCAUCGUAUCCAAGGGUUGAUUGAUCAGAACCGUGUCAUGGUCUUUUCCAAGACCUACUGCCCAUUCUCUGCUGCUGCAAAGAAGCUGCUCAAGACAUAUACCAACGACUUUGGACUACUAGAAGUCGACCUCGAACCAAAGGGAGAUGAUAUCAAGAAGAUUUUGACAAAGAUUACGCAUGGACACUCGACGUUUCCUUCCAUUUUCUUCGCGGGCGAGUCGAUUGGUGGACGGGAUAAGUUGCAGGCGAUUGAGGAUAGGCACGACCUCCGGGGUCGUCUUGACGCGCUUGGCGUCAAGAUGCUCCAGUAA